AUCAAACCAUGACCUCCUGGUUCAUAGGUCGAUGCUCAACCAUUGAGCCAUGCCAGAUGAGCCUUUUUUUUUUGAGUCAUUAAAUUAGAUAUAAAUGAAGUAGAGUUCUUGAAUAUAACAACUGUAAAAAAGUAAUAUGAGAUUACCAGUAAAUUAGUAUAAGCAAAGAGCAAUCUAUUAAAGAACUUAAGGUAAAAUAUGAUAUUUAAUUUAUAGAACCUUAGAAUUUUUCUCCCUGACUCUAGAAAAUUUCCUAGUAAUAAUAACUUGGCUAGUCUUGCAAGCUUCUUGAGGCAUAGGAGAGUUUUAAGAUUCUUUUAAAAGAUGUUGAUAGAUUAAUUUUAUUCUAGUUUAGGAACUUCAUUGCAGUAGAUCUUACGGGCAACUUACUGUUUAAUUGUUGCUUUCAGUUUUGUCUGGACAGCUACCCUGCUUAAUUUUUGAAAAUCCCUGAUAUUUGCUAUAGAUAUCAUUAAAUAGUCUCAGUUUUGCAUGCCAAAAUCUAUUUUAAAACCCUUAUGCUUCCCUUAGCUACUUCUUCUGCAAGUAUAGUCUAUUUUUUGUCAAUGCAGUUGUGCAUCUCUUCCUGGUACUGAAAAGACUAAGAGUAUUUUUCCUGUGUAAGCCUUCCCUAGUAUAAUUUAAUUAUCAUAUUCACAGUGAAUUCUGAGGACAUGGACACACUUAUAUUCAAAUGUAAUUAUGAGAAUAUAAUUUAUUUAAAAGUAUUAAGGUUUUUUUUGUUUAUCCAACUCUUUUACCUUUCCAUUAGUAAAAAUAAAAAAAUUAUUUUAAUUGGUGUUUAAUAAUUAGAAAAGUAGGAAGGUUUUUUGAAUGAUGAUUUGAGCAAUCACUUUUUGUUUUCUGAUUUCUUCUAGUUAGAAGCUUACUCAUGUUGUUUAAUUACUCACUUCAGUUAGACAAAACAAACAUUGACUGAAUGCCUAUUAUAUACUAAAUGCUGAAAUAAGUGCCAGAGGAAUAAAGAUGAGGAAGAUGGUACUCCCUUUUUAGGAGUUUACUGGAACAGACAUAAAGAAGUGUUUACAAUAUGGAACAAUAAAUUAAGUAAUCAAACUGUUUCAGGAACAGAAGUAGCCCAGAGGAGAGAAUGAUUAACAAUCUGGUUGGUCGAGGAUCAGAGAAGGCUUCACAGAGGGGUUGGCUUUUUGUGAGAACAGUCACGGACAAAGUGGAAGGAAACGUGGGCUCUCUACACCUUGGAAAAGUAAAGUCGAAAGUCUGUAGGAAGAGGAACUGCCUAGGAGACCACUGUUACCAUCUGAGAGAUGAUGGGGGACUGAGCCAGGACUGUUGGAGACAUAAAUGAAGUUGAAUAUAUAUUGGAAUGGAGAAUCACCGAAUUUAUUCUUCAGGUUCCAGAUUGACUUUGUAAUCCUCCUACUCUGUGCAGAGAACUUUUACUUCUUUGUGACAGGCGGGGAUACUAACCACUAUACUAACGAGGAGCUGUUUACUUCUUUGUUAUGAAGGUCGAAGCUGUCUGAUAUGUGUCCCCUUGUCUUCCCUUUAUAUUUCAUUUCACCCAUAGUUCUGUCUCUCUGAGUCAGAAGAAAGCAUCUUUACUUUAUGCUUCUAAUAAUUUGUAAUAUUCUCUGUAGAACUAAGAUUUCUUGCUUCUUUAUGUCUGCCUUCCUAUUGGCUUAGUUUUCUCAUGUUCAGCAACGUUUUUGUAUCUUUCACAUGGGUCAGGUACUACACUGGGUGUGGGAUGAUGUUGAGAGAUGUGAAAGAUAAAUACAAAGAUUACAAAACAGUUACUUUUCUGUGGGUUCUGUAGACAGAAUAGUUUAUUCUCAUUCCAUAGCUUUCUUCCUUAACCACUAUAGAAUGUUCCCCAUUCUAUUAUUAGUAGUACUGUAUUAAAUUAUUAUCUCACUUAAUCUUCAACAGCCUUUUGAGGUACUCUUAUUAUUCCUAUUUUACAGUUGAGGAUAUGGGUUUUGAAAUUCUAAAGGACUGAACUCAGAAAGGUAAUUCAGCCAGGGUCACAGGGCUAGUAAGUAACUAAUGUAUCAUGCACUGUAGCCACUAUAUUUUCCUUGCUUGACUUUUGUAAAAUAUUCUCUUGAUUCUUACCUUUUAUGCUGUUGCUUCUCUUGACUAGCUGGUCUUCCAACUUUUCAAGCAAGCGAGCCCUAAGGUUCUUCUGUUCUUGGUCUUUUCCUCUCUAUUACUGGUGCUGUCUCCCUGAGCAGCCUUUUCACUCAUGACUUCAAAAUUCCAUAAAUUGAGAUCAUUGUGAUAACUACACUUUUAUUCAGACUUUUUCUUCUAACUUGCAAAACAUUAUCAUUUGUGUCUGGUACUCAUCUCAGAGUCCUGAUGUGUGAAACGUUGCACCCCAUAGCAUACCUCUUUUCACUUGCUAGGUACCACCACCAUCCUCUGUUACUCAAGAUAGUGGCCUAGUGUUCUUCUUUGUUCAGUUGGGAAGUUCCUCCAAUUUGCCUCUGAGCUAUCUACUGCAUCCAAUCUCUCCUAUUCCCUUGUCGUUGAUCUAGUUCCCCUCCUCAUUAUUUCAUUUGGAUGAUAGUAAAAUCAUCUUUCUCUUACCUGUUUUUAAUUAUUCUGCUGUACAAUUGCCAAGAUUAUUUCCCUGAAAUCUAGAUCCGAUUCCCUUAAAAAACAAAACAAAACACAUACACACAAUCUCCCAUUUAAACUUCUCAGGCCCAUUUUUACUCACUGAAUAGAAUCUGAAUUUCUUAGCUUGGCAUUGAAGGCCUUUGAUGAUUUAUUUCAAAAUGUUCUUCUGUACCGUCUUAACCAUACUGUUCUCAAUCUGUCUACCUCUCUGUAUAGUUGCACUUAUGGAAUACACUCCCUCCCUUCUUUAUACACAGUGCUUCCCGAAGGUUUAGGGAGAUUUGCUAGUAGCACCAACCUCUCCUUUCCUCAUUCUUCCUCUUGAAGAUUCUGUUAUGCCUUAGUUGAGGAUCAUUGCUUUAGUCAAAGAUGACUUAAUCUUUGCACAUGGCAUGCAGUUUCUCUUUACUUGACCUUGCAUAGGUUGUUUCCUCUGCCUAGAAGUCCAUUUGCAGCACUAUUUAUCAAACUCCUAGUUUAAGGUCUAGGUCACAUGCCACUUCUGGAAAUCCUUCCUAGUCAUCCCAGUGGGAAUUUAUGCUUCCCAUAUCUCUGAUUGUUCCUUUCUAAAUAUCACUUACCAUUGUCAUAUUUAAGUUCUUUGUCCAGUUCUUUUUCUUUCACUGGACAUCACACUUCUUCCCCAGCAUCUAUCAUAUGAUAAUAACUGAAGCAUUAAUUAAAUGGAAGAAUGGAGAGAAGAGAAAAGGAGCAGGAGUAGUAUGUACUGUAUUGAGGAGAUCAGAUGUGAAAGAGCAUUUUAAGUUUGCAGUCCUGAGGGACAGUGAAAUGGAUGGUGCCAUGAAAGGAGAAAUCAUUUUGGGAAGUAUGAUAAUGAGUCCCUUGCUCUUGAAUUUAAGGUGAUUGACUCUGUCAGAGAUGUGUGAGAGCUAGCAGCAGAUACUGAAAUGGAGGUUUUAGUAGUAGUUCUGAACUUGUGAUCUGGUGGUUCCCUGCAUAGGGCUUUGAGAACAUGAAGAAUGUAAAUGGAGAAAGAGCUGAACAUUGGAGUGUUAGAGGAUAAACUGAUGAAAGUGUAUGCCAUGGUGGACGGGUCAGUACGAAGAAAGGGUUCAACAGAAGAGAAGAAAAUUACAAGAUCUCUGAAGCCAAGAGGAGAAUUUUGGGUUUAAGGGACAGAGAGAGUCUAGCAUUGCAGUUGGGGUUAGGAGAACUGAGUUAUGCUCUUCCUUAAUCUGAGGAUGACUGAGUUGUUUACUUAACCUCUCUGGGUAUCAGUUUCCUAAUCUCUAAAAUGCAUACCACUCUACAUUUGUAGCACUUUCGCUUUCUGUCUUUGUGAUUCUCAGAUAUCACUAUGUUUCUGGGAUAUUGAAAGGUUAAAGAGAAAGCAUUUAUAGCCCUGUUAAGUCACUGUGAGAGGUAUUCCUAUAAACUAAUGAAUACUAGUACAUGUAGGAGUGAUGCUAUUUCAUAGCACUUUAAAUGUAAAUUAUAGUCAACUCUCAAUUUCCUUUUAAGUGAUCAUCUGCAGUGACUUGCUGCCUCCUCCCUCCCAGGUCUCAGGCUACUGAAAAUAGGGCUGUGAAAAGCACUGUGGGGUGAGUGAAUGGUUUGCAUGCUUGUGUAUCUGUACCACUGACUAUCACCAAGCUAAAUACAGUCCACUCUCAGUUACCUGCACAUAAUAAAAAGGUGAAUAAUGGUGGAAGAGUGCUAAAUGUAUAUUCUAAAAAGCAUUACUUAUAUGCGCCUUGGGAAUCUUUUAUAUUCUUUCGUCUCCUACAGUAAAUUGAUGUAUUUUUUAUUUGAAUUAAUAGCAUCAAUUUUUAUUUAUUAAACAAAUACUAUUAAAUAGUGGAAGUAAACAGACUGAAAUAUUUAUUAGGUAAACUACAUAUGAAUAAUUGAGAGUUGGCUGUGCUUUUGGAUCAUCCAUUGUUUUGUAUUACCUGUGCUUUUUUGUUAGUGUGGCCAGGUUAAAGCUAAAUAGCUACUUUAAAAUUAUAUCUGUAUGAUGAGUGUACUCAUAAAAUUAUGCCGAUGCCAAACUAAAUUGAAAAUAAUUAUUCAAAACUAGCUAAAUAUAAUAUUCGUAUGUUCAAAGUCAUAGGGUUGAAAGAAAACCUAAACCAAAGUACAUUCUUGAAAUUCUUUUUACAAAGUCAUGUAGCCAGACAGAUUGCAUAAACUGAACAAUGUACCUGGUAAUGAUGCCUUUUAUAUAAAAUAUAAUAAAAUAUAUUUUAUAAAAUAUUAAAUAUCAAACAAUAUUUUUAAGGAGUCAGUUGGGUAUAGUAAGAAAUAUAGAAAGGAAUUUUAACCUUAAUUACUUGAAUUAAUAAUCUGAUUCCUUCAAUUACUUUACCUUUUUUUUUACCCUAAUAUGUUGAAGAAUUUGGAUUUGUAGUGGUUUGUUAAAGUCAGUCAAAAUAUUUUUGAUGAAUAUAUAAUACUAGAGGCCUGAUGCACGAAAUUUCUUUAAGGGGCUCAGCCCCCGCCCCAGCGCUGCAGCUGCCUCAGCCCUCACAGCCCUGCUUCAUCCAAAAGGCCUUCUGGUCUAAUUAGCAUAUUAUGCUUUUAUCAUUAUAAAUAAUUCGGUUAGUAAGUGUUAUUGUAAAUGAGGAGGGCAUAAUUUUUGGCAUUAAGGAGUUUAUAUUAUAGUUGGGAUAUUCCUGAAUCAGGGCAUAGUUUAAGACAGUAGUAUUUGAAGCACCUGCCAAUUAUCUUUAUAAAGGAAUCAAAAGCUGGAGAAAUUCAGACAAAAAUGGGAGAUAGGUAAGGAAUGAUAGAGUGAAGACCUCAUAGAAGGUUGACACCUGUAAGACCUUUGCAUAAAAGGUCUUGAAUAGUGAGAGUUCUGGAUCAGUGUUUAAAACAUCACAGCUUAAUUUGUGAACUAACAUAUUCUGGCAUAUUAUUCAGUAUUUGAAGAAAAGAUAUUGAGAAAAUGUUGAUGAGUUUUGCAUGUAAAUCUCUUAACUACUGAAGACUAUGUUUUAAACUAGAGUUCUUCUGAUCUUUGAAGGCAGUGCUGGACUGAGAGAUUUUAGGCAUAUUGUGCAGUAAUUGUGUGCUUUUGAUUAUGAGUAUAUAAAUGCUUGGCUGCAUUCCAAACCCAAGCAUAAAUGAUUUUUUUCUUCCAUUGUUUUGUAGUAUAUGUGUCUACUCUCCUUUCAUUAAUACUGCAUGCUCAAAAGGCUCUACAUUUGUUGUCAAACUUAUUUCUAGACUAGAGGCCCAGUGCACAAAUUUGUGUAUGGGUGGGGUCCGGCCUGCUCCGAUUAGGGCCGAUGGGGGCCAACCAGGGGGAGGGGCCACGGGAAGUUGGCCGGCCGGUCCUGCACCCGAUUGGGCCAGUUGGCCGGCCGCAGUGGGAGUCAUAGCGACCUGUUGUUCCCGUCAUUCCGCUGGCUUGGCUUUUAUAUAGAUAGAUGUAUGCAGAGAUUACAAGAGGGAUUUUUUGUUAUUUUUACACUAAAAUGAUUGUAUUUUCUGAUCUCAAAAUUCAAGCAUGUGACCUGAUAGUGUUAUAAAAUACUUUAAGAUUAUCUUGAGUAAACAUGGAAUAUUUCAUUGCCAAAUCUAGACACCUUACCCAGCCCUCUAGUUAUUUGGAUAAAAGAUAAACAGUGUUUGGGAAGUUAUUGCUCUCAAAGUAGCAAAAUGAGAGUUGAAUUGCCACUUGCAGGGAUUUUAGUAAACUUGUUCACAGUCCAGUGUAAUUUCAUGUAUUUCUUAUAAAAAGUAGAGUGAAAAGCCUCAAAAACUAGUAAAGAAGAUUUUCAAGUAAUUUACUUUUAAUGACUAAGAAGGAGCAGCUUGCCAGAUAAAAGUAUAUUUAACUGUUUUUAGAUGUGUGCACAUAAUAUUUUUAUCAGUAGUUUCUGACUCUGAGAAAUCACAUCUUAAGAUAAUAUUGCUAAUUAUUUCCAUGCUUAAUGUUCAUCCCUCAGAUACUAAAAGUUUUAAUUGCCGUUUUCUUUUCUAUUCAUAAUUCUGUAUAAUACACUCCCUAACCUUCACUACUCCACCAUUACCACCAGCACUCUCCCCCAAGGAAAAAAAAAAAAAAGAAAAAACCCGAGGGGAAUUGAGUUGCAGAAAGAGUGAGAAGACUCCAAUGGUUGGAGGAACAAGCACAGCUCCCUGUCCUGUAUGAAUGCAAGAACCUUCUGAUAACUUAAGGGAGAUUCUCCAAAAUGUGGCCAAAUUGCAAGGGGUUUCAAAUAUGAGAAAGCUGGGCCAUUUGAAUAACUUUACUAAGCUUCUUUGUGAUAUUGGCCACAGUGAAGACAAAUUGGGUUUUAACUAUGAGGAUAUUAUAAUUUGCUUGCGGUUGGCUUUAUUGAAUGAAGCAAAAGAAGUGCGGGCAGCAGGGCUACGAGCUCUUCGAUAUCUCAUCCAGGACUCCACUAUUCUGCAGAAGGUGCUUAAAUUGAAAGUGGACUAUUUAAUAGCCAGGUGCAUUGACAUACAGCAGAGCAACGAGGUAGAGAGGACACAAGCACUUCGAUUAGUCAGAAAGAUGAUUACUGUGAAUGCUUCCUUGUUUCCUAGCUCUGUGGCCAACUCAUUAAUAGCAGUUGGAAAUGAUGGACUUCAAGAAAGAGACAGAAUGGUCCGAGCAUGCAUUGCUAUUAUCUGUGAACUAGCACUUCAGAAUCCAGAGGUGGUGGCCCUUCGAGGUGGACUAAACACCAUCUUGAAAAACGUGAUCGAUUGCCAAUUAAGUCGAAUAAAUGAGGCCCUCAUUACUACAAUUUUGCACCUCCUUAAUCAUCCAAAGACCCGACAAUAUGUGCGAGCUGAUGUAGAAUUAGAGCGAAUUUUAGCGCCCUAUACUGAUUUUCACUACAGACAUAGUCCAGAUACGGCUGAAGGACAGCUCAAAGAAGACAGAGAAGCAAGGUUUCUAGCCAGUAAAAUGGGAAUCAUAGCAACAUUCCGGUCAUGGGCAGGUAUUAUUAAUUUAUGUAAACCUGGAAACUCUGGGAUUCAAUCUCUAAUUGGAGUACUUUGCAUACCAAAUAUGGAAAUAAGGAGAGGUCUGCUUGAAGUACUUUAUGACAUAUUUCGUCUUCCUCUGCCUGUGGUGACUGAAGAGUUCAUAGAAGCGCUGCUCAGUGUAGAUCCAGGCAGAUUCCAGGACAGUUGGAGGCUCUCAGAUGGCUUUGUAGCAGCUGAAGCAAAAACUAUUCUUCCUCAUCGUGCCAGAUCCAGGCCAGACCUCAUGGAUAAUUAUUUGGCACUGGUACUCUCCGCAUUUAUUCGUAAUGGACUUUUAGAGGGUUUGGUUGAAGUGAUAACAAACAGCGAUGACCAUAUCUCAGUUAGAGCUACCAUCCUUUUAGGAGAGCUUUUACAUAUGGCAAACACAAUUCUUCCUCAUUCACAUAGCCAUCAUUUGCACUGCCUGCCAACCCUAAUGAAUAUGGCAGCAUCCUUUGAUAUCCCUAAGGAAAAGAGACUGAGAGCCAGUGCAGCCUUGAACUGUUUAAAACGCUUCCAUGAAAUGAAGAAACGAGGACCUAAGCCUUACAGCCUUCAUUUAGAUCACAUUAUUCAGAAAGCAAUUGCAACACAUCAGAAACGGGAUCAGUAUCUCAGAGUUCAGAAAGAUAUAUUUGUUCUUAAGGAUACAGAGGAGGCUCUUUUAAUGAACCUUAGAGAUAGCCAAGUCCUUCAACAUAAAGAGAAUCUCGAAUGGAAUUGGAAUCUUAUAGGGACCAUUCUUAAGUGGCCAAAUGUAAAUCUAAGAAACUAUAAAGAUGAACAGUUACAUAGGUUUGUACGAAGACUACUUUACUUUUACAAGCCUAGCAGUAAAUUAUAUGCCAACCUGGACCUGGGUUUUGCCAAGUCAAAGCAGCUUACAGUCGUGGGCUGCCAGUUUACAGAAUUUCUUCUUGAGUCUGAAGAGGAUGGGCAAGGGUACUUAGAAGAUCUAGUAAAAGAUAUUGUUCAGUGGCUCAAUGCCUCCUCUGGAAUGAAACCUGAAAGAAGUCUUCAAAAUAACGGCUUAUUGACCACCCUUAGUCAACACUACUUUUUAUUUAUUGGAACACUUUCUUGCCACCCUCAUGGAGUCAAAAUGCUGGAAAAAUGCAGCGUAUUUCAGUGUCUCCUUAACCUUUGCUCCUUGAAAAACCAAGAUCACUUGCUAAAACUGACUGUUUCCAGCUUGGAUUACAGCAGAGACGGGCUGGCCAGAGUCAUCCUCUCCAAGAUCCUAACUGCAGCCACUGAUGCCUGUAGGCUCUAUGCAACCAAACAUUUAAGAGUAUUAUUGAGAGCUAAUGUUGAAUUCUUCAAUAACUGGGGAAUUGAAUUACUAGUGACCCAGCUACAUGAUAAAAACAAAACAAUUUCUUCUGAAGCUCUUGAUAUCCUUGAUGAAGCCUGUGAAGACAAGGCCAAUCUUCAUGCUCUUAUUCAGAUGAAGCCAGCUUUAUCCCACCUUGGGGACAAAGGUUUGCUUCUCCUUCUGAGAUUUCUUUCCAUUCCAAAAGGGUUUUCAUAUCUGAAUGAAAGGGGUUAUGUAGCAAAACAAUUGGAAAAGUGGCACAAGGAAUAUAAUUCAAAAUAUGUUGAUUUGAUUGAGGAACAACUUAAUGAAGCACUUACUACUUAUCGAAAGCCGAUUGAUGGCGAUAACUAUGUUCGUCGGAGUAACCAAAGAUUACAGCGUCCUCAUGUCUACCUUCCUGUACACCUUUAUGGACAACUGGUACACCACAAAACAGGCUGUCAUUUGUUGGAAGUACAGAAUAUUAUUGCAGAGCUCUGUCACAACGUUCGUACACCAGAUUUAGAUAAAUGGGAAGAAAUUAAAAAACUGAAAGCAUCUCUUUGGGCCUUGGGAAAUAUUGGCUCAUCAAAUUGGGGUCUCAAUUUGCUGCAGGAAGAAAAUGUGAUUCCAGAUAUACUAAAACUUGCGAAACAGUGUGAGGUUCUUUCCAUCAGAGGGACCUGCGUGUAUGUGCUUGGACUCAUAGCCAAAACCAAACAAGGCUGUGAUAUUCUAAAAUGUCAUAACUGGGAUGCUGUAAGGCACAGUCGCAAACAUCUGUGGCCAGUGGUUCCCGAUGAUGUGGAUCAGCUCUGUAAUGAGCUUUCAUCUAUCCCAAGCACCUUGAGUUUGAACUCAGAGUCAACCAGCUCUAGACAUAACAGUGAGAGUGAGUCUGCGCCAUCAAGUAUGUUCAUAAUGGAGGACGACCGGUUUGGCAGCAGCUCCACUAGUACGUUCUUCCUCGACAUCAGUGAGGACGCAGAGCCAUCCUUUUUUGAUCGGCCUGGACCUGUAAAGGAUAAAAAUUCAUUCCCUUUCUUUGGGUCUAGCAAACUUGUGAAGAAUCGUAUCUUAAAUUCCCUUACUUUGCCUAAUAAAAAACAUCGCAGUAGCAGUGAUCCAAAAGGAGGGAAACUGUCGUCUGAAAACAAGACAAGCAACAGGCGGAUCAGAACUCUCACGGAUCCUAGUGUUGACUUCAUUCAGAGUGAAGACUUUACACCCAUAUCCACAGUGCAGAAAACAUUACAGUUAGAAACUUCAUUUGUGGGGAAUAGGCAUAUAGAAGACACUGGUAGUACUCCAAGUAUUGGAGAUAAUGACUUAAAAUUCACCAAGAGUCUUGGUACAGAGAAUCACAGAGAAAACACAAGCCGAGAGAGAUUACUUGUGGAAAGUUCAACAAGCUCGCAUAUGAAGAUGCGUAGCCAAAGUUUCAAUACAGACACUACAACAAGUGGCAUAAGUUCAAUGAGCUCAAGCCCCUCCCGAGAGACAGUAGGUGUGGAUGCUACGACUGUGGACACAGACUGUGGAAGUAUGAGUACUGUGGUAAGUACUAAAACUGUUAAGACGAGCCACUAUUUGACGCCACAGUCUAACCAUCUAUCUCUCUCCAAGUCAAAUUCAGUAUCCCUGGUGCCUCCGGGUUCUUCUCAUACACUUCCCAGAAGAGCACAGUCCCUUAAAGCACCCUCUAUCGCUACAAUUAAAAGUCUAGCAGAUUGUAACUUCAGUUACACAAGUUCUAGAGAUGCCUUUGGCUACGCUACACUGAAAAGGUUACAGCAACAAAGAAUGCAUCCAUCUCUGUCUCAUUCUGAAGCUUUGGCAUCUCCAGCAAAAGAUGUGCUAUUUACUGAUACCAUCACCAUGAAGGCCAACAGCUUCGAGUCCAGGUUAACACCAAGCAGGAUCGAUUUUAAAAAGAAGCAUGUCGGGGGAAUCAGGAGCUUAAGACCUACAAUAACAAACAACUUUUUCAGGUUCAUGAAAGCUUUAAGUUAUGCUUCGUUAGAUAAAGAAGAUUUAUUGAGUCCUAUUAACCAAAAUACCCUGCAGCGAUCAUCCUCAGUGAGGUCCAUGGUGUCCAGUGCGACGUACGGGAGCUCAGAUGACUAUAUUGGUCUUGCUCUUCCUGUAGACAUCAACGAUAUAUUCCAGGUAAAGGAUAUUCCCUAUUUUCAGACUAAAACCAUACCUCCAAUUGAUGAUCGAGGUGCAAGAGUGUUUGUUCAUGAAGCAGGAGGUCUUCCAUCUGGCACUGGAGGUCUGGUAAAAAAUUCCUUCCACUUGCUGAGGCAGCAGAUGAGUCUUACGGAAAUAAUGAAUUCAAUCCAUUCAGAUGCUUCUUUGUUCUUAGAGAGCACAGAAGACACUGGGCUACAAGAGCAUACAGAUGAUAACUGCCUGUAUUGUGUCUGUGUUCAAAUUCUGGGUUUUCAACCCAGUAACCAACUAAGUGCAAUAUGUAGUCAUUCAGACCUUCAAGACAUUCCAUAUUCUGAUUGGUGCGAGCAGACUCUCCAUAAUCCCUUAGAAGUGGUUCCCUCUAAGUUCUCAGGGAUUUCUGGAUGUAGUGAUGGCGUGUCUCAAGAAGGCUCAGCCAGCAGCACCAAAAGCACAGAAUUGCUGCUAGGUGUUAAAACAAUUCCAGAUGAUACACCAAUGUGCCGUAUACUCCUUCGCAAAGAAGUCCUAAGAUUAGUCAUUAACUUGAGUAGUUCAGUUUCAACUAAAUGUCAUGAAACUGGGCUUUUAACAAUUAAGGAGAAGUAUCCACAGACAUUUGAUGACAUCUGCCUUUACUCGGAGGUUUCCCAUUUGCUGGCACACUGCACGUUUAGACUUCAGUGUCGGAGAUUCAUACAAGAAUUAUUUCAAGAUGUACAGUUUUUACAAAUGCAUGAAGAAGCAGAGGCUGUGUUGGCAGUACCACCAAAGCAACCUGUAGUUGAUCCAUCGGCAGAGUCCUGACCUCUUGUUUAGGAUGUAUGUAGGCAGAUGCUAUUCACACAUUCACAUUGUGCAGUUCGUCAACGCCGCUGACAACGCCGCGGACGGGGCAGCAGGGACAGGAGCGCCUUCUGUGCACUGUGCCAACAGUUUGGGUGCAGGAACAGUGGAACUGCCGACUUCCCUAAGCAAACAUCUUCCUCUCUCCCCUGGAGCCCCUUUGGGGGUUCACUGUUCAUUACCACAGUUUUAAAAGUUUUAGUUACCAUUGUAUGCAAGAGCCAAGCACUGAAUACCUACAUAGGUUUUCUAUUUUUUCAUUUUACGUGCAUAACAACAGUGGAACAAUAAUAGGAUACACAGAGGCACCCUUCACACAGUUAUUUUUGAACCCUUUUUUAGGGCAAAUAAAAACAUGCCUUGUUUGUUAACUAAUUUAUGGAAACCAGGAGUCAGUGUCUCCGAGACAUCAUCCGUCAGCACAAUGGUUUGUGCUGUAACUGCUGGUAUGAGAGGGAACUUUCCCUAGUGUCUGUAACACUACGUCAGAGCUUUGUAACCUCAAAGCGAAAGAAGAGCCUCAACGACCCGGGACUUAUAAGUUAUUUUUAUGUUAUUAGAUUUUCAUAAAGUUUUUUAUUUGUUUUCCUUCUCUUCAGUUUUGUUCCAAGGUGUUGUUAUUAUAGGCUAUUUGAACCGAUUUAAGGUUUUUCACUACAGUUCCUGAUUGAAAUCAGAAAAUCAUUUUACAGUUCAGCUUUUUCCCACUUCUAGAGUGCAUAUAUAUGUGUUCAGUGGACUGCCGUUUUCAUCCUCUUCCCAUAUUACCAUUUUAAACAGGAACUUGAAUAAGCACUAUUAAUGCAGACCUAAAGCAAAAGAAAGCAUUAAAUGAUACUUUAAGGAAAAGUUAAGUUUGCCUACAAUUUACUACACAUUCCAUGGGAAAAGAAAAGCCAUAUUUCCUUUUAAAAAUUAUUAAUGACACUGUUAUUAUGAUUAAAAAUUGUAGUGAAAAGCCUUAAGUACCAAAUUUUAAAGCAGCAGUAAUUUAAUGUUUAUGUCAGUGUUCUUGUUUUGCACAAACUAAAUGCAGUGAUUGGUUAGUUUAUGAGUACAGUAAUUGCCUUGGUCACAGUUGUGAAAUUAAGUUGACGAGGCAAGGUUUUGUUUAUUUAUGUGUUUAAUUUGUAUAUGUCUAACAGAAAUUAAACCUAUAUGCAAAUUUGUAUAUAAAAAUAGCAUGGCCAAUCAUCAUUAGAAUGCUUGUAAAUGAAAGGAUCAUUUUUUAAGGUCUAUAUAUAAAUAGAAAAAAAUUCCAGCUGGACUAAUUAGGACCCUUUUUUUAAUCAUUUGUGUAUGCCAUUUUUACAGUCACACAUCAGCUUUGACAUCAUCCUAACACACUGAUUCAUGUUUUCCAGGUCACAGAUCCUCUUUACAAUGGGCUCGUUCUCUGAGAUCUCUGUAAAGAACCCUGUGAACCAGAAAGCAGAACUCACAGAAAUACCUUUUUUUUUUUUUUUUAAUUAACUGGCACUGAAAGUUCCCACUGGGAUGAAACAUUUCAUCUUACUUUAUAACACCUCUGACUGCACUUCACGAACUGUUCUCAUGUGCACUGUGUAGCAAGUGACAUGCUACGAAGCAGACAAGGGCUGGACUGCUGCUUCUGUUAAAAAGUGGUUCUUUAGACUUCCUCUCAAAUCCAAUUGAAGACAAAAUAUACUUUUUUAUACUUCAACUUAUCCUUAACCCAAAUGUUCAUUUAAAUGUCGACAAUAAUUUGCCUGUCACCUUGGUCUUUGGUUUUGGGUGAUUAAACUGCUUUCCAGAGAACCAAAUGUUAGAGAUACUAGACCAGAUAGUGGUUAAAAACUCCAAAGGCAGUAACAUAGUAAUCUUAUUCACAAUGGGAUUAACCUAUUUUAGACAUUCAUUUUAAACACUACCUCAGUUAAUAUUAAUAGAGAGUAUAAAAUCUGUGGUUUUACCCCUCAGAAGGUAACAGUAAUUCUUUUUUGUCACACACAUCAUCCCCAUCCCGGGGCCCCACCUCACUCGUCCAUCCUGAAAUGAAGUCUCAUUACUGUUUGUCUGAACUGUUUUGUUUGUGUUUUUAUAAUUACUUUGAAAGACUUGUAUGUAUGCAUCCUAAUAUUUGCCUAUAGCACUUAGUUUGGGGAGACACUCAGAGCUUUUUGGUUAUCAGUAAUUUAAGGAACAAAUGUACUUAAGUGUAUAUGUUUCACUGACAGGUCGAAUAUGUUCUUUUUGAGUACUUGUUUGUAUAAAAGUAGACAUUAAUGAUGAAAAAUGCUCACAUGCAGUGCCAAGUGAUCGAUCACCUUAGGGGUUUAAAAAUAAUAAAUUAUAGCAGAACAGGUUAGGAAUGGGGUCAGUGGUAAUAGAAGUAAUUGAGAAAAUCAUCUAUAAAUGAUAGAUAUUACCAGACUAAAAAAUACCAAAAUAAUGUCAGUACUAUAGGUUUUCAAGAUUUUAGGAUUAAUCUUAGUUCAUAUAAAUCUGUACUAUUGGUAAUUACUGAUAAUUUGGAGGAAUUUGGACAGUUGUGCUGGUUGUAAACUGUGAAUUUCUAAUAGUAAAGUAAAGUAUUUUUAAUUGAAAUUUUUUUCAAGAACAGAUUUUUAGCUUCACCUACUAAAUAAAUACUGAUAAAAUUAGAAAUUAGUAUUCGUAAUUAAAUAUGAUCUAAAAUUUCUUACAUUUUUAUUUCCUGUUUAUGCUUAGGUAGAUUUGAGGGGAAAAGUUUCUUCUCCCUAAUAAAAAAAUUUUUUAAUGAAGAUUGGUAGCAUUUGGACAUCCUGUAAGACAGUGACAUUAAAAAAAGGCUCUUCGGAGGUGGGUAUAUACAUUACUAUACUAGUUACUCUAAUAUGUGUGCAAGUCCUUUUAAAAUGUUGUCUUUAAUAGUUUUCAGCUCUUUUAUCUGGAGCUUGGAACAAUUAAAGCUGAGUUUUUCAGGGCAUAUUACAAUGGCAAAGUGCUCAACAAUGGGGUGUCCAUGCGUAUUUAGAUUUGUCUACUGCUGUUUAUAUACAGAUUUUCAUUCCAUUCAGAGGAUGCGUUUUAUCCCACAUUAAGCACAGAUGAUUAAGCAAUAAACACCAAAUUGUCAUCCAAAUUAUAACUGCAAUUAUUUUUGCAUGGUGAGAGGGAGGUGCUGAUUUUGUGUGAGAUGAGCUUUGUAAACUACCUUGGAAAAGGGUCCUUUGGAAGUAAGGUUUUUCCCUUUGUCCUGUGCUUCCAGUUUUAUCUCAGAUUCACAACCCAUUAAACCAUAGGGAAAAGAAAAGGUAGAGUUCAUUGCCAGAGUUUUACCAGAACUGUUGGAAUAAAAGAACAUUUCAGCUUUUCCAAAAUGUAAGUUGGGAAAGGUCUCCCUUAUCUGCCAGUCAGGAAAUACAUGAUUACCAGUAGUCCUUCAGUGAGAGUUUCGUAACGAAAGCAUGCCCGUGAAUCAACAGCAGUGUUUCUCAAAGGACAUGGAAAUCUGAACCCUUUCUAGGAGCACUAUUGUUUUCUUUCAGUCCCAGGUGCCCAGGGUAGUUUUCAUUCAUAGUAGGUUUGUAUGACCAACACGGAAUGCGGAUUCCCCCCUUGGGAGUGUUUUUGUAAUGUAGGUGGAUAGCUAUGCCACAGCAUGCAUGAAUUGCACAUUUUGUUUGAUUUUUUAAAUAAAAUAUUUAAUUUGAGAAAGAUAAUUUAUGCCAAAAAAGUAUACCUUGUAAUUUUGCCACUAAAAAGGUUGAUUUAGCACAAAAUGCAAAGUUUUGGGGCAGAGGUGGGGGGAGAUAAAAAUGUUUCAUAGAUAAUAGUUGGAAAUGUUCCAGUAUUGGCCUGUCAGAAACCCUGAUGCUGCAUUGUAAAACAAAUGGUGUAAAUUAGUUUUGAAAAGUGGUAAGGGAUUGUGAAAAAAAAUCUCAGAUUAAUGCUCCCUGACCACAUGACUUUCUUCUUUUUUUAAUUUAGUAAUACGCUGCUACAUAUUUGGAGGUUCUGGUGUUUGUAGGUCACUGAACAGACAUUGAAAUAUGAUUUAUAUUGUAUAACUGUAACAUAGAAAGAAAAAGUAUUUAUAUAUUUUCCGUAAGAAUAUUUCAUUGAGUUGUGUAUAAUUUAAAUAAGGUUUGUCCCUAAAUGGUUUUUCUCACCUUGAUUUUUUUUUUUGUGGUUUUCUUGUUUUUGUAUAAUGUGUACAGUUUAUGUCAAGGGCAUUAAAAGCCUCCUGAAGCAUAAUCUUAUCAAAGGGAUACAUUCUUAAUAAAAUGUACUUAAAAUUCUUAAA